CUCCGACACAGAGUCACGCGCGUUCACAGAGCCGAGUGCUUCCUCUUCCCGUGCUGGUGCCCGCCAGACAAGAACGAUAGAAAAUGGCGAGUCAGUGUAAAAGGCAGCAAUGCACAAUCGAGAGGCGCGGCUUUCGGCAGGAACUUGACUCGUGGCGACACAAACUUAUUCACUGUGUAGGUUUUGAGAGCAUUCUUGAAGGUCUGUUUGGUCCAGAGUUGGUAGAAGACCUAAAAUUAUUUAAGGACUUAAAGCCAACAGCAGUGUCUGACUGGUCAUUUGAUGAAAACUGCCUGUUCUGUCGUUUGAGACGAGACAAAGUUAAGGAACACUUAAUUGGUUUAAGCAGCGAGGGGCUUGAAGAUACACCCAAACCUCUCCUGGUAAAAGAUCAGACCACAAUCAGCAGACUAGAGAAACAAGCCGAGGAAUUUCUCAAUGCAGUCCUCUGCAAAAAAGAUGUGCCAAAUUUCUCAGACCCAGACAUUCCUGUAGUGGCUCGUGAGAUCCUUCAGAGAAUGAUUCGACAGUUUGCUGCCGAAUAUACCUCAAAAACCAGCUCCCCUCAGGACAAUUGCUCAGAUUCUCAGCCUCGCUCUGACCAAAGCCUGCCGACCCCACCCUUGCUCCCAGGGGCGCCUCCUUCCACCAGCCCUGCUGCCACCCUGGCUGGGCCUGCACACAACCAGAACCCCGUCCUCAGCAAGCUCCUCAUGGCUGACCAGGAUGCUCCCCUUGACCUUACCAUCAAAAAGCCCCCGGCUGAGCCCAGCGAACAAGAUGGAGUCCUUGACUUAUCUAUUAAAAAGAAUCGCUAUAGCAGCAACCCGCCUGUCCGUAGUCCCUGCCUUUCUCCAGCCACAGCCACGCUCAAGGGGCGAUCCUUGAGAGCGGACGGACAGGUCGGGCUGUUAAUGAGGAGCCUACAGGAUGGGAGGAGGAGGGAGAAUAUCGGCCACUCCACCCGUUAUAAACCUUCCUCGUCUCUUGCAUACUCGCUGCACAUCAAAGAAGAGGCCGAUCUGGAGAGCGACCCAGAGUCACCUCUCAGCCAUAACCACGGCUCCAGCCCUACUGACUUUUUCAGAAAUGGAUCUGCUUCCUGGAAUUCCAAAACUCACUUUGGGGCUCUCCUGAAACUCAAAGCCAGUGGUGAGGCUAGUGAGCACCUUAAAGACCUACCGAAGUUGUUGGAAGCCGCUGGACUUUUAACAAAGUCACUUGCGUAUGAGAAAGGAAACCUCCAGGAGGCCUGCAUGGACCACAGCCUCUCCCUUUCUCAUUCAUCAUCUUUUGAUCUUAAGAUUCCCCAGGUGCGAGUUUUGGCCUCAGGAACAGACCCGUCUUGGGAUUCCUUGUCCUCCGAGUAUUCAGGUUCACUUUGUGAGAAUGGUCUUGGAAAGAAGCUUCGUUCCAUUAUUCCCAGGCAGAUCCAGAAAAAGAGCAGCAGAGGUGUUAAUAGCUCAGAUUUGGAGAAGGAAUACUGGCCUUAUGUCACUGACCGCCAAGCCUUGGGUGGAAACACUCCUCUGGAUUCAGAGUUAGACCUAGGUAACAAGCAGCCAAGGAAGAAACGCGGGCGAUAUCGACAGUACAACACUGAGCUCCUGGAAGAGGCUAUUGUGGUGGUGAUGGGCGGAAAAAUGAGUGUGUCUAAAGCACAGACGAUAUAUGGCAUUCCACACAGCACCCUGGAAUACAAAGUUAAAGAGCGACUGGGGACCUUGAAAAAUCCCCCCAAAAAGAAACUGAAGCUGAUGAGCCUGGCAGAGGAGCAGGGUGGUACACAAUACCCUGAGAGGAAAGAACUCCAAAACCCCCAGAACAUUGUUUCUGAGAAAAGGGCGUCAACAUCUGAAGAGACUGGGAAUGAUUCCCAUGAUGGAAGCCUCUCAUCAAAUGAGUGAUAUUCGUUAAGUCCUAAUGAUGAUGUAGUUUUUAACCAGACAAAUGUUGCAUUUGCCAGACACUGGUAGUAGCUGACUAGUUUUUCCAUAUAACCUUAACAUUUGUGCAACUUCAAAACCAAAUUACCCAUAUUUAUCAUUGACUCGUUGAAUUUUAUCCUUUACUUUUGGUCAUAGUACAUAAAUAUGUUUAUGUAUGGCCAUCUAUUUUAAACACUCAAAUGUCUCCCUGCCCUACAUAUUGUGCUUGGAAGAAUUUUAAUGUACUACAUUAUAUUGUUAAUUAAUUUCAGAUUAUUUAUUUAGGUUAUGCUUAAAAUAAUCAUGUCAGGCUCUAAAUGUAUUCAUCACACUCAGAGCCAAACUGAAGCAUGUCUAAGGAGGUGGCGCCCCUCAGUGUCUUCUCUCAGCACUGCUCAGAGCACUUGGUCAUAUGUUCACUCUAUUCUACUGAGCGUGUAGGACCUACAAGUAUAAAUGAAGGCAUAUUAAGAAUCCAUUAUUACAAAGUAUUUAUGGAUAACAGUGAAAGUCUGAAAAUACACUUCUAUGACUGAAAUAGACACUGGAGAUGUAAGGACAAACGGUGUAUCCAAAUCCUAAUAUUAUUCAAAUUAUUUAUUAAUUCCAAAAACUAUUAUCGAAACUAUUUAUUUAUCAUGCUAGUCUGUCAGAAUAGCAUGAUCUACUGUCCAGAAUUUCACUUUCCUUUUAUGCCUAUCCUCAAAAGCAUGACAGAUUUUCAUCUAUCUUUCAUCUAUGUUUUUUCUGUAUAUUUCGCUGCACUAUAUGAAUGGUAAUAGUUUUUUUUUCAUUGCCUUCACUGCACUCAGGAUGAGUUCAGAUUGCAAUACUUGCCAGGCAAAGAAAAUAUCUCCAUUAGAUAUUGAGUCACUGUAAACCUAUAAAUAUACCUCAGCUACAGCUAUGCUUAACUAAAUCAUUGCCUCAUGGAAGUCACCUCUAAUGGAGUAAGGGUAGCCCUUUGAGGUAACAUUUCAGGAUGUUUCACUGACAAGUAUGUCUGUCUAACUCUGAGAUGUCUUCACAACCUACCUUAACUAAUUGUCAGUAGCAUUUCAGUGCCAGUGUAAGCCUUCAGAGCAUUUCAGUUCUGUGUGAUUCAGGGCUUGUCUUUUUCAGAUAUCAGGUGUUAUCUCUAGCAUGUCUGUAUCUAAGACAUGAAAGAUUUUCAAAACAAUGCAAAAACAUAAGUAUUUCUAUACAUAUAUAGAACAUAAUAUAUAUUGAAAUGUAUACAUGCAUACAUACACACUUACACAUCUUGCUUGCCCAUGGAACAUGAUUAAGAAUUGUCUCUUUGGGUCAAUUAACAACACUCACACUAGUUUGUGAGGAUGAUACUCUGUUGUAGUGACCUAACAUUUCACAGUCACAAAAAAUGUGCUUUAGCUAAACUCUUGACAUCAGUUAACUCCUAGCUCUCUUAAAUACAUCUAGACUUCUUUGAAAAUAAAUAAGAUCAGUCCUGUGUUCACAAGUCUAAAUGAAUCUAGGUGCAGUAUUGUCAUUUUAGCAUCCAUAAAGUCUUUAUUUUUUUAAAUACAGAACCUUAUCAAGCAAUAUCAGCAGAUGGAGCUUAACAUGCUGGCUGAUUGUGUAGCUGACAUUUGCCAGCUAGCCAAGUUAGCUAACUUGUUAGCUACUAAUACAAUUAUGCCUCAAUCCACAUCCACCUAUUUCUGAAGUUACUAGGGCAAAAAUUCUGUGAAAAUAAAUUUCAUGUCUAUGUGGAGAGGACACGUGGUAAUUCAUCUCCUGGCUGUCAUGUUCGUACUUCCAAGAGAAAUGAUUCGAAUUACUCAAUAUAAAAUAUUAUCUCAGGCUGCAUUGCGUCUGAGAGAACUUAAUUGGUUUUUGUGCAGUUGCAGACAGGCCAAGAUAGACUGCAAUUAUUUUUUAAUAACUCUGUGGAUCAUAUACACUCUCUUCCCUGCCUUUCACUACCUCUUUGAGAUAUUUCUAUUUUAAGUGUCUGUACUAAAUCUUAGGUUGGUGCCCUGUCCUUAAUAUAAAUACUCUACAGAGGGUUUGGUCAUGGUGCUGUUACUAUACACAUUGUAAAGGUUAAGGUUAAAAAAAAAACAUUUUAAUGAAGGCUUGUCACUACAUGACAUUACAUAACAUCUUCACUGAAUUUUUGCCUGAUGGACUCAGCAGAAAGAACUCAGUGUUUUAACUCUGUCUUGUCCAUUAGUUCUAUCAGGACACCUCAUCGUGCAUUACCGCUUAUACCUCAGGAUAUUCCAGAAUAUGGGAUCAUGGCCCAUUAUUCUUAUCAGGUCGAUACAGAACUCUUGCAAAUUUUGGUAAUAGUCUUUUUGCAGUUCUUGCAGCCUUUUAGAUGUACACAAUGUUACUUUGAUGAAAAUGGAUGUUUUAAUUAAUGAAAUGAUUGCUUAACUACAAGCAGUUAACUCAGAUAUAUUUGCAGUCAUAUAUUACAGAAAUUUGUUUAGAUUAGAUUUUUAUGUGAGAGUUGGUUCAAGCAGAAAAACAUAGUUCAGGGACUUUCACUUUUUUGUUAAUAGUACUGUAACAGUAGUAUAACUUGGUUUUCGAUGUUUGACUUACUGAAUACUUUGUUGGGCUCUUAGUUUUUGCCACUUCUUGCACUCAAUGCAGUCUUUUAAUUUUUUAUUUUAUUUUAUGGUUUGUAUAUACUCUCCCAUCAAGUUAAAACUCUUUUUUUAGCUGAUAAACCAACCUAAAUGAUCAUUUUACCAGUUUCAUCAAGUACACAUGUAUGAUUAAGUUAAAUCUAGUCACUGAUUUACUGUCAUUAAUUAAAUUACUCUUGCAUUGACAAUCAUCCUGCAUUUUCCCAAGGCCACAGUUUAAUUUCUCAUAACAUGUUUAAUGCAUUUUAAUGAAUACAUAAUAGACAUAUGAGCACUUUGGGUUCAUCUUUCUCUUUCAUAGUAAAUCAAAUGGUUGACUACCUCAUCUUAAAAACCCAUAUCACAGUCUACUGUUCUCAUAGCUGUUUUAUGUAUGUCAUGUGCACUAUACAUGCUUUUAUUAAGUAAACAGCUUACAGAAAGAGCUGUUAUAAAGUUGAUUUUAGACAGAGGGAAAUCUGUAGAAAUUCUACCAUAUGUAAAUAUUUCACUGUAUCCUUGUAGCUAAUUGCUUUCUGAUCUAUUUAAUGUUUCCUUUGUCUCAAAGCUUUGUUCUUUGGUGGUGGUGUUAGCUCAUUGUUAUUCAGACAGUUGUGACAAAAGCAUUUUUGAUGGUCUCUUGCUUCAGAGAAACCUUUUCCUUCUGAAAGGGGAGGAAGAGUUUAUCUCCCCUUACCUACCCACUCAAACUGAUGAUUUGUUUGUAAUUUUUUUAAUGCAGUAUUUAUUAAUCAAUAUUUAUUAGCAUAAUUUAAGUAACCAUGAAUGUAAAUGGCUUUAAUAAAACAAAAAGUAACUCCUGUAGGUAUUUAUAGACACAAGUAUAUAAUGCUUAAGAGGUAUAUUUAACUGUCUUACAUGAGAGAUGUGAUGGGAUAACAUUUAAGAUUGUUCCAUUUUAUUCUGACACAGGUUGGGUAUCUUUUGCUUGGUAUAUAAAAUUUAUGAGGACAACGGAUCGAUAACUGCAAAUGGUGUGGCUCCUCAAAUGAUUAAAGAGUAUAAAAUCUACAUAGAUUUUAUGGACAGAUUUUUUUAAAUAUUUGAUUUAAUAUUUACAAUGUUUAAAGGUAUGACACUGGUUGUAUUUUGCAUGACUGGAUAACAUAUGUGUCAGUGGGAAGUUAGUUGUAUAUGGUGAAUUUUAUCUUUGAGGAUGUUUAUUGAAAAUACUGGAGUGCUGAUGUGUUAACUGUCAAGUCAUUGUGAUUCUGAAUAUUGCUAAACCAGUUCAAAAUCUGGUUAUUGGUUCACUAAAGAUGUAUGAUGAAGGAUCCUCAUACAGUAAUUGGUAAUUGCAAGAUUUUUUUAUAUCCCUAAUGUACAGUAUAUGAACAUUGUGGAUGAGUUAAUGUUUGUGUGGUUGUAGAAUAUAGUGGAAUUGAGUUGUAAAUUUGGUUUGGUUCUGCUUGUUAGAUUGGUUAUUCUAUUCCUCUGGAAGAAAAUGGCAUGUACUUUGUACAUGUACAUGUACUUUGUCAGUUCAUCACUGCAGUGCUAAAUGAAACGGAGCGAAAACCCUCAGGGAUGAAACCCUUACCACUUGUUAUUCAGGUACUCCAUUUCACUGGAGUUAGACUUUGCAAGCAGGGAUGUGAAGUUAAUGAGCUUAGCAAAAAAUUUGGUCAGGUUCUAGGUGCGGCAAAUGUUAUUUUUUUAAUCUCUAAAAUUAUUUUUUAAUCUCUAAAGAUCACAUUUGAGAUAUUUUGGGAUGCAGUACAAAUCAUUUUGUGUUUUACAGCCAAAAAAACCUUAGUACAUAUUUUCACUGUUAUAUUAUUUUUAUACUCCGUUACACGAUGAAUGUCAAUAUAAUCUCAGUUAAGGUAAGAUGUUGACCACUGGGGUAUUAAAGUUUCUUUACAGUUCAGUGCCUCGAACAGGACACAUAUUAUAAAAAAAAAAACACUUGAUGUAACAUCCUGAAACUGCAUAUCUGAAGAUCUCAAUGAAAAGGUCUAAGACUUUUCUUACUUACUGUACAUGGAUUACAGCUUCCAUACCUCUACCACUUCAAAGGUUGUAUUGUGACCUUUGUGAUUUAAAGCUGUAAUGUUUGUAUUAUGUUCUUUUGACCAUGCAUCUGGCAGAGUGUACUAACACUAAACAUUUCAACAUUUUAACUUAGCUGCCUGACCCAUAAAAUUUCACUUUACCGCAUCGUUAUAUAGCUGGAAACUAACAUAGAGGCUACCUUGCAAUUUUAACACUAUUUUACACUACUGAUAUUGUACCGUCUUUGCUACAGCUCAAAGUUGACAACAUGUGUCAGAUUUAAAGUUACAGAUCAAGCAUUACUAUAUCAAAUUUGUUAUUUAUCAUUAUUUAUAGUUGUAUGCUAAUAUAUUGCUGGUUUCUAAUGAUCAGAAAAAAAUAUUAGGGGACAGUAUCAGAAUUUUUCUCUGACUACAUGUUCAUCUUGCAGUUGAUAGCAUCUUUUGCUCUACAAAGCUGUUUCUCUUUUUUAUUACUCAGUAUAGCCUUGUGACAUGUCACCUCAGGAAUGCAGAUGUGGUUUUAUUUAUCUGUUCAUUUUGUUGUUAAAAGGCCACAGUGUAGCCAGGAAAGGGCUUGUUUUACAAAGAAAAUAAACUCUCCAGAGUUAUCAGAUAAAUAUAUUUUUGGCAUAAUGUGAUGGUAUACACUGACCAGCCUCAACAUAAAAAACAGUAACUGGUUUUAAUGUUAUGGCUGAUCAGUUCAAAUGCUCCAAAGGUAUUGGAGGAUUUUGUAGUAGAUCUACCUCACUGAUACAACUUUCGCUAAAUAUAAAAACAUGGCCCCCCAGUUAAUUGAUUAAUUUAGAUCUGCGUAGGCAAAAAGAAAACCUCACAGGUGUUAAAAUAUUAUUUUUGCAUAUGUUCAGUCACACAUGAUUUUUCUUUAACUGUUCAAUUUGUCUUAAAUUGUUGAGCACUUGUAUCUAAAUGUCAAUAUUUACUAGUCAUCAAAUACACACAAACUUUACAAAAAUGAUGUACUCUAUAUUUGCCCCUAAUGUACUUGCUCUUUAAAGUGAUAAAAUGUGUUGUUUUAAUCAAAGUGGGCCACCAUUACUAAAUGUCUUGUGCAUGUGAAAUUUUUUCUUGAUGUAUACUGUGAUAAAAAGCACCAUGGUGCAAAGAAGAAAAAUGUAAUAACUGUAACAAUGUAAUUGGUAAAGUUCACUGGAUGAGGUUUGCUUUUAAAAUCACUUAUUCUUCUAAUAAAUAUGCAAUGAUUAA